CGCAUGAAGGCCCAGCCCAAAGAAGCAACAACCCAAUUAAAACACCCCAAAUCGAGCAAACACGCCCUUUUCCAAAACCCUAGGAAUCAGAACCAGCAGGCAGAGGAAAAUGGGGAAGAAGAAGGAGAGGUCGGUGAAUGUUUCCGGCAAGCCGAAGCACUCGCUGGAUGUCAAUCGGAGCAAUGGAAAAUCUAAAUCCAGUAAUGGGCGGAGCGCCGCCACGGUGCGGCGGCUAAAGAUGUACCAGACGCGCCCGACGCGCGACGCCAAGGGCAAAAUCCUGAAGCACGACUUGCAGUCGAAGGAACUGCCGUCCACUCGGAUUAUGCCUGAUCGCCGCUGGUUUGGCAACACUCGUGUUGUUAAUCAGAAACAGCUAGAGUGUUUCAGGGAGGAGCUUCAAAAUCGUAUGUCAAGCAGUUACAAUGUGAUUUUGAAGGAAAGGAAGUUACCCAUGUCCCUCUUGAAUGAUCAUCAAAAGCAAGCAAGAGUCCAUCUCCUCGACACAGAGCCUUUCUCCGAUGCUUUUGGUCCUAAGACAAAGAGAAAAAGACCGAAACUGCUGGCAUCUGAUUAUGAAUCAUUAGUUAAGAGAGCUGAUGGUUCUCAAGAUUCUUUUGAAGAGAAACAUGGUGCUAGUACGUCUGCUGAAGGAGGUGAAGAUGGCUUCAGAGAUCUUGUUCGGCACACAAUGUUUGAAAAAGGGCAAAGUAAGCGCAUAUGGGGAGAGCUUUACAAAGUGAUAGAUUCUUCAGAUGUUGUUGUGCAGGUUUUAGAUGCCAGGGAUCCCCAAGGUACAAGAUGUUACCAUUUGGAAAGGCAUCUGAAGGAGCACUGCAAGCAUAAGCACAUGAUCCUUCUAUUAAACAAGUGUGAUCUGGUUCCAGCUUGGGCAACAAAAGGAUGGCUUAGAAUUCUGUCGAAGGAAUACCCUGCCCUUGCUUUCCAUGCAAGCAUAAAUAAAUCAUUUGGAAAGGGUUCUCUUCUCUCAGUAUUAAGACAAUUUUCCCGUCUGAAAAGUGACAAGCAAGCUAUAUCUGUGGGAUUUGUUGGAUAUCCAAAUGUUGGGAAAUCGUCAGUUAUCAAUACUUUACGUACGAAGAAUGUCUGCAAAGUUGCUCCUAUUCCUGGGGAGACCAAAGUGUGGCAAUACAUAACACUCACAAAGAGGAUCUUUCUGAUUGAUUGCCCUGGGGUUGUUUAUCAAAACAAGGACACUGAAACCGAUAUUGUCUUGAAGGGAGUGGUUCGAGUGACAAAUUUACAUGAUGCUGCUGAGCAUAUUGGUGAAGUUCUGAAACGCGUCAAACGGAAGGACCUGUUGAGAGCUUAUAAGAUUAGCGAGUGGGAGGAUGAAAAUGAUUUCCUCGUUCAGCUAUGCAAGUCGACUGGGAAACUUCUGAAGGGUGGUGAGCCUGACUACAUGACUGCUGCAAAGAUGAUUCUCCACGAUUGGCAAAGGGGUAAAAUACCCUUUUUCGUGCCCCCACCAAAGCAAGAGGACGAUGUUAUAACUGAGGAGCCCAGUGAAGGAGAAGGGAAAGAUGAUGCUACUGAUGAUGAUAAAGCAUUAGCCGCAAGAAAAGCUAUUGAUGAUGUUAUAUUGUCCCAAAAGAUAGAUGAAAUUCCAAUUCAAGAGGAUCUCUUUAGCGAGCAGGACUUGAUUGGUGAUGAUGAUGACUCGAAGAAAAAUCUCGUGGACACUGACUCUUAGGGUUUUCUGUUAUGGUGCUAUUAUUAUGCAUUUUAUUUAUUUUAUUUUUUAUGGUUUUCUGGUUCCCUUUUGUAUUUGGAGUACUAGUAAACGAAUUCAGUGUUUCGCAAAGGUUUGGUUCUUUGAUUUCAAUUUUGGAAGUUAUAAUAAUGUAGACCUUUUAUUUUUGGUGUCUGAGACUUGAAAAGCAAUUGUUUGGAAAGAGGGUAAAGAGAAAAAAUGCAGAGAGGAAGAGGGAGGAAAACCUUUUUGGAUGAAAAAUAUACUACAUUUGAUUAUUUUUCCCAUUUCUAAGGUACAAGGCAAAUGCGUUUUAACUAUCAAGCACGAUCUGUAACAAUAUUUGAUGCAUUGAUCUUUUUAGUAUGAAUAAUUACCUUUCGAAA